AGGUUUAAAUUUAAGAACAGAGAAAAGAUAUAAAAAAACAGAGAGAGAAAAAAUGAUAAGACUGAGGUUUCAACCAAGCACCGUCGGUGUUUUAUCGGCGUCAGUCAACCGCGCCUGGUUAACCAGACGUUACGGUACGAAUGAACCGGGAUCGACUCGUGGGUUUGGAACGUCGGCGAUGGCGGCGAGUCCUUUGGAAAUCUGCGUCAAAGCUUCCGUCACUACACCCAACAAGCUUGGUGACUGCCCUUUUUGCCAAAGGGUGUUGCUGACUAUGGAGGAGAAGCAUGUACCUUAUGACAUGAAAUUGGUGGAUUUGAUUAACAAGCCAGAGUGGUUCUUGAAAAUUAGUCCAGAAGGUAAAGUCCCUCUGGUAAAGUUUAAUGAGAAAUGGGUUCUGGAUUCGAAUGUUAUAACACAAUCUUUGGAAGAGAAGUACCCUGAGCCUCCUCUAACAACCCCACCAGAAAAGGCUUCAGUUGGGUCGAAGAUCUUCUCCACAUUUAUCGGCUUUCUCAAGAGCAAAGAUCAAGGAGAUGGCACUGAGCAAGCUUUAUUGAAUGAGCUUAGUACAUUCAACGAUUAUCUCAAAGAAAAUGGACCUUUCAUAAAUGGGGAGAAGAUUUCAGCAGUGGAUUUGUCCUUAGGACCAAAGUUACACCACAUGAAGAUCGCAUUGGGGCAUUACAAGGAUUGGUCUGUUCCAGAUUCACUUUCUUUCCUUAAAUCCUACAUGGAGAUGAUUUACAGAAUGUUUUCUCGAGGGAAUCAUUCUCGAAAACACAAGCUCAAGCAGAGGAUGUAAUUGCUGGUUGGAGACCGAAGGUGAUGGCCUGAUGGGUUGGAAAGUAAGAGAUGUAGAUGGUGGCCUCUUCUACUAAAUGUAAAAACAAGUAAUAAAUAAAACCUUCUUCAAAUGUUACCAAUAAAUUAAUAUCUCUGCUAACUAUUACUGUGAGCAAAACUAUUUACCGCCAGCACACUAGACCAGAAGAAAAGCAACAAUUACAGUGAACAGUGAAAAAUUUAUUGUUAUAUGCAAAUGAAGAUUACCGUCGCCAUCUGCUAAAUAUUACCAACGCAUGUUAAGCUCUAAUCUCUAAGGUUUUCUCUGAGAAUUCCCUUCUGGAAUUAUGUACUGUACUACUAGUUUGGUACGUCUGGAUUUUUCUAUAAACAACUUUUCUGGAGCUUUACCAUCCAACAUGGCCUCCUUGGGUUUACUUCUUACAACUCUUGACCUCUCUAUCUUACAAUCAAUUCUCAGGUGAAAUCCCAGCUUGUUUAUCAAAUAUUAACUUCCUGAACAUUCUUAGGCUUCAUCAUAACCAGUUUAUUGGCAACACCAGUCCAGAGGACAAACCAUCCAAUCAGGCAUAGAGUUUAAAAGAGUACAUUUUGUUUUAGUUUUUUCAUAGUUUGUUAGUGUUUAUAUGUAAAUAUAGUUUAUAAUUCUUUUGUGACAAAAAGAGUUUAUAAUUGUUUUAAUAGUAUAACAUUUGUAAGAAUCUUUAUCUUUGUUUAUAGAACUUUUACCAAUAAAUAUAUUGAAUAAGUGUAUUGCUAAAUAUAAUAAUUUAAAAAUGUGAAAAUUGUUGCAAACAAAUUAUUUAUUAAAAUUAUAUUGAGUACAUAGAAAUAUUUAGAUAAUUAAAACUGAUUAAUAUUACUAUAUAAUUAAUUUGAUAAUUAUGUUUACCAAUCACUAAUAAAAUUUAGUUAUUUUAAAAGUUUUAAUGUGAUUUAAAUUUUUUUAUAUAUACUAUGAUAUUAGAUGAAACAUACAAAAACAUGUUGAUAUUAGAUGAAUAAUUUCUUGUUUGAAACAUACGCUGUACAUACCUAAUUUGGGAGAGUCGGAUUGUGGCUUACAACUAAUAAUUUAAUAUAUGGGCCCUUAAUGUACAUAUGCAGCAAUAUUAAUAAACGAUCAUAUAUUUGAGAAAAGCAUGAUUUGUAACAUGCUUUGAUCUCAAUUCAACAUGACUUUAAUUAUCCCAUACACAAUAAUAUAGUUGUAGUAUUAUGUUAAAAGUUUUUGGGUAAUAUGCUAACCAGUAUUACGUUAAAUUUGUUAUUACCUUUUUUGGUGAUAAGUAUCUAAAUCGGCUAAUUGUUCUCGGAUAGCACCCGCCCCAGUAUAAAUUUCUCGAUUUUGAAAUAACUGAUAACAGAACACAGAUCAAUUAAGAUUUGCAGUAUCAAAAGAUGUGGUUAUUUUGUUUUCUUUUUAUACAAUAAUACAAGUAGAGACACCUAAUUUUACUGUUAUGUGCAACAUAAGUCUUUUAGGUCUCGUAAAGUAAUUGAAAAUUCUCUAAUAAUUUACAGCUCAGAGUCUGUUAAUAUCAUGAUCCGUCAAUUGCUGUUUCUUUUUCUUAUAGUUAACUAGUGGUAUUCCGGCGCUACGCGCCGGGUUCAUAUGUUUUUUCUGAAAUGAAUUUACAAUUUACUUUAUGGUUUUAGUAAAGAAAAUAUGUUCAAAAAUAUGAAUAUGAAAAUAUGUUGAAAGUGAAUGAUAUCCAUUUGAUAGUGGUUAGCGACCGUAAUGUAUUAUUUGUUUUGAAGUUGAUUAGUUCAAAGAGGAAUAUCAUAAGUGGUUGUGACUUAUCGAUUUGAUAAAAAUAGAAUAAAAAACCGAUAGUCCUAACAAAGUUAAUUUAAUUGGAAUUUGAACAUAAAGUAAAAUUGAUGUUUUAUUUACAGAACAUACUUGUACUCUUUAGUACCAUGUUGACAGUAUAUGGAAGAAACAUUUGAAGUUCUAUUUUAGUGACUAAUUUGAAUUAAAACGUGUGUAAUAAGCAUAGGUGCUACCAGCGGGAAAGAAAUGUUGUCAAAAUGUUGAUGUUUAUAUUUUUGUACGCCGUUUGAUUUGAGCGGCCUUGACUAAAACUGUUGAUGAUUUCGUAAUAUUAUAGAUGUUGCCCCUCGAAUAUUGGCUAGCACAUGCGAUGAUAUUUUCUUUGAUUUUAAGAAGUUUUUUUAAUGAUUGAUAGUUGAUGAUUUGAAUUCAUUUUUUGAAUUUUAAUGAAGAUAGCGAUAUUGAAUUGGUAUUACCACUUUACCAGUGACUAAUUAUGCUAAAACAUUAUAAGUAAAUUCUGAAUUGCUAAAUUUUAUUAUUUGUUAAGGUGGACCCAUUAAGUCUAAAAAUGAUAUUUUUCCAACUCAACUCAUUAGGGUAGACUGUGUAAAGUCUUAAACAUUCUUAAAAUUUUUCUUAAAAAAUUCAUUUAUACAUUGAGACAGAAAGAAGGUAAAUAAUGUUAAUUCUAAAAAUUAUUGUGUAACUCUUAUGAAGAUUGCAUCAUGCUGUAAUUUUCCUUACUUGUAAUUAAUGUAAUUUUGCUAAGUUAGAAAUUUAUCUGAUAUAUUAGUUAAGGGAAUCUUUUAUAAUAAUUCUGAAAUGACAAAGACGUAAAUUAUCAAUCAAAUUAUUAAAUUAUAUUAUUUUAUUCAGCUGAUUAGACCAUUAUAAUAACACAAAAUUAAUUUUUAUUUCUUAGUACUAUAUAAAUAAAUUGAUUACAUAUUCAUAUAUAAUCAUAUAGACAUAUUAUAAUGUUACAUUUCCUUAAUGCGUUGGAAUUUUACACAUAAGUCUUAGAAUCAAUACUCAAAUUUUCUUAGUAAUUAAAAUUAAUCUAUACACUUCAAUUUAACUGGGAGGGAGACAUAGCCAACACCAAUAUACAUCACAUUCCCCCCUGAUUGUAUAAUUCCUAAUACUUCCUAGAACUUGUACUCAGACCGGGGCGACUUGGUAGGAUGACUCCACCUUUCACGGCCAUCUCCUUUGUAUUCGCCACCUUUCAGGAGUAGUAGCGUCAAGAAUUUGCAUGGACAAAGCCAUCUCAGGCGAUUAGUCAUGUAUGCUAAGUGCUAACCAGCUGAUAUACUAUUUUAUAUUGAAAAAUGUGAAUAAUAUUGGAACAAAUUACUUCUUUUUGUAUGUGUGUGUCCUGUAACCAAUAGCUUUCAGAAUUUGGAGUUUGUAUCAUAAGAAAUGAAGUGAAGAUAAUAGAAGAUCCAUGAGACCAUCCCAGACAUUUGGGAUGAAUUGAUCACCAAGUUAAGUGUCUGACACUGUGUGUUAAACCAGCAAGUGAUGGUUGCUCCACUGGUGUUGCAUGAUUAUGGUUAAACUCUUAUUCAAAUGUAUAUUUCUCUUAUUUUUGUUUCUUUAAACCUUGAGGCCUCUCAUGUAGUUCACUACGUUUGGGUUACCUAAAUAGUUAGUAAACUAAACUAACAUUGGUGCACUUGGAUUUUACAUUUAAUUCCCACAUAACUUUUAGAUCCAUUUGUAAGGCUCAUUAAGACUGUCCAAUUGACAAGCAGCCACAAAGUUUUGUAACCAACAAAAAUCGUGUGUUACAUAAAAUGCUCAGGCAAUCCCUAAAGCCUUAGAACAUCAAAGUCGCACUAACUCAAAAACUUAAUCGGCAUCUACGUCUAUAGUAUCUGAAGACUAAUUUGAGUUUUUAAGCGUUUCUCCUGCUCUCUGUAAACGUAGAGGAACUCAGCGGGUGCUCAUAAACUCACCAGGUUAAACACCAGAAAGAAAAAAACAGGUCGAGAAGGUAGCCUUGAUUUACAUCAUUUCCAUUCAACAGUACUGGAAUCAGUUCUCAUCUCUUUAGUUCACCUUAUACUUUCCAGUUUGACAUUAGGAAACUACAGACUCACAAAUCCAAAUGCACAGCUGAAACAUUUAAUCACACUGUCAACUCUCUUAAGAGAUUGUCUACUAAGGAUUCCCAAAAAAUCUUUCUGCAAAAGUUGUGGAGUACCCUGCUACAUAUGUAAGAGGUGAAGGUAUGGUUUCAGUUUCUGUAUCAUAAAUAUAAAAAAAACUUGAUGAAUUGUAUGCAUCCAUCUCUUGCAAAUGAGAAGAAUUUUGAGUCAAAAAGCUUUGUCUUCCAAGAUAAUUUGAAAACCAUUUCUCUUCUCUCUCAUCAAACGCAGAGCCAGACCAUUCCGCAUCGACACACCUUUUGCCACAGAACUCGGUUUAGACAAUAGAAUCUUUAACAGACUCAUACCAGGAGCUAUUACCACUGCAAAAUGAAAGAAUCAAGACAACAAUUCAAGUCUCGUCUCGGACAAAAGUUUAUGUUAUUACUAACAGAAUAUAUUUAUACCCAAAUAUAAGUCUUUUGGCUCCCAAAUCCCAAUCUUUCAAGAUGGAGUGGUAAGAGAAAGAGAAAUUAGGAAGAUGGUUGAGUGUAUGAGUUUAGUCCACGUAAACAAUAUUUGUAAAACACACAGAAACAAACCAUUAUUUUUGUCUGACUGUGGUUGUAUGAUUAAGGAGGACGUCGAUGGACUGGUGCCGGGAAAUAAACCGUAAAUGUAGAUCCACCGUACUGCUCUGUUUUCUGUCUCUUUAACACAACCUCGAUAGAUGUUGCCUCUGUUCUGGUCUUCUCCUCCGUUUUCCAAUCUCUUCCUCCACCUUCAGUUUUUGUCGUCGCGGGAACUUGUCUGAAUCUAGCAUGUCCAGUUUUAGAUCUACCGAGAAGAGAUAUAACCUUGACAACGUCAGUGACCGCCGUUAUCUAAGAGGCUGAGCUUUAUAUAGAAGACCUUCCACCGGUUAGAUAUGAAGAGGUUGAGCUGGAAUUAAUGCUACGGAGUGGGGCGAGUGAGAUGAAACAUGUUAAUGGUC